GGGCCCUAGUCAGAACAGCCUGUUGUCGACUAUCUAUGUUAGAAUCAAUCAGUCUGCGUUCUCAUCAUGGUUGUCUCAGUUGAAGAGGUUUCUUCGUCCCUUGUGAGAGAAUACCUGAGUCGAAAGGGACUCAAGAGGACUAUUGCCUGUAUGGAUGAGGAGCAUCCACGCACAGAAGCCAGUAUCAACAACAGGUCACACCUGAGGCAGAUUCUCAACAUGGAGGGUCUCUAUAAAGUGAAUAAGGUUCAGAGCUCCCCUCUGAAAACCUUACUGGAGAUUAUUGUAAAGCAUCACAUUCUGGGCCCUAAGAAUGACAAGAUUACCAGCAGUGAAAAUGAUCUUCUGCAGUCUGCUCCAGCUACUGGCUCGGUUGCCUCUCCUGCCGUAACACCAAGAGCGAUGAAUGACUCUAACACAGAGGGUAGCCCAGCAGCCUUUGUUAUUCACAAACAAAUCCAAUUGAGGUCUGAUUUACAAGAAACCUGCCCCUCUCAACCUGCAUAUACCUCAUCAUUGCCUGAAACAGACAGUCUGCCCCACCAUAAUCAAACAGGUUUCUGUGCCUAUGACUCAGAAGAUCACAAAGGCCAUCCACUGUUGGCUCCCAUCCAGGACAAUGAGAGCAUGAGAAGAGAACCAGAAAAAAAGACGUCCACCACUGAGAGAACCCAAAUGAGCAGAACUAAUCGAAUUAGACGUGGCAUGAUGGCUGGACCAAUAGCUAGUACGCCUCAGUAUUCAAACAAAAAAAGGCAGAGUCGAAGGGUUGAAGUGCCUCAGCCUCUGCUCAGAAAAGAAGAACACAGGCGAUGUGAGGAUGGACUUUUUCAGGCUGUCUUACGUCCAAAAAGCUUAGAAAGUGGCCUAACUGAAAUCAGCUGCGUAGGAGAGAGACAGGAGUUGCGAAGUGCACCAGAGAAAAUGACUGAAAACAGCUCUGAAAAAGUUGGACACGACACACUGAAGACAAGAAAUGUAAAGGCCAGGCCAAAUGUGGCUGACUUGGAUGUGUCAGGGAUGGUUUUAGAUGAUAUUGAUGAUGAUGAUGAUCUGCAAGAUCUCUGUAGAGUGUCCUUUCAGAGAACCGUGACAGAGCAUAGCUAUGUCGGAUGCCCAAUGGACCAACACACUGCCAUGGCAUUAAAAGUGGUUCUUCUUGGUUCCAGCCUAAAUUGUUUCAGUGUUGAGUGGAGGAGUCAGGGCUUCACAUUCUCAGAAACGCAUGACCUGAGAUAUGGAAUUGUGCAGAAGAAGGGCGGUCCUUGUGGAGUUCUGGCAUCUGUCCAAGCCUUUGUUCUAAAGAAACUUCUUUUUGAAAACACAGAAAGCAGUAAUGCAGGCCUUCAGAGGUUGAGACCUUCCAGUAAUACCAGAAGAAAGUGUCUUGUUUUGGCUGUGGCUGAAAUCCUGUGGAGGGCUGGCGAGGAAAAACAAGCCAAAAUUGCAAUAAUUUCAGGAAGAAAUCAUUUCACCCCAGCAGGACAAUACAAAUCUGAAGGAGUGCUCGAAAAGAUAACAUGUCUCACUGUGCAUAGCAUCAAGGACCUGCAGUUGCUUCUAGAGCAGCAUAUUGAGCAGUUUGAGACUGGUGUGUUAGGAUGCAUAUUGCUGACCAUAUCAGCUGUUCUCUCGCGAUCUAUUGAAAAAGUUAGACAGGAUAUGGACGUGCCCACCACCACUCUCAUUGGGGCCCAUGGUUACUGCACUCAGGAGCUGGUCAACUUGAUGCUCUGUGGCAGAGCCGUUUCUAAUGUCUUUGACAAUGACAUGGAGUUAGACUCAGGCAAUGGCAACAUAACUCUACUCAAGGGAAUCGAAGGCCCCUGUGACAUUGGCCUGCUGUCGUUGUUUGAACAUUAUAACAUCUGUAAGGUAGGAGCUUUCCUAAAGACUCCCCAUUACCCCAUCUGGGUGGUGUGCAGUGAAAGCCACUUCAGCGUACUGUUUGGCCUGCAGAGGGAGCUGUUGACCAAUCCGGACAAAGGUCUGGAGUUUGACCUCUACUACUAUGAUGGACUGGCCAAUCAACAGGAGGAGAUUCGCCUCACAGUGUCUGUUGACAAACCGGCCAUGAGCUGCCAGGAUCCUGACACUGAUCUCAUUCCUCCACUGGAGCACUGUAUCCGAACAAGAUGGACAGAUGCAUUCGUCAAUUGGAAUGACACAGAGCCAAUUCUCUGAAUGAUCACAUGGUUUGAUGUCAUUUUAUUUUUUUUCUAGGGCCAUUAACCAACAACAUUUUGUAUCACCAAUAGAUAUUUUUACAUGUGUUUGUUAUGUACAUAUUGAGUUUGUUUUGGUGGUUAAUCAGGCCAAUUUCCUGACUCGAUUCAAUUACGAUUAUUGAGGUCUUGAUUCGGUUACCAAUUGAUUAUUUAAUUUGCAUUUGACAAGAGUAACCCAAAAUACACCAUAAACAUAUUGCACCAUUAAAAAAAACAUUCAGCUGCUGAAUUACUCGACUUCUCUUUUAUUGAGAAAUAUCGCAAAGAGCCUUCAGUAUUGUGUGGUAUAGCUGUAACUUACAAAUUAUCUUUUUUUUUUUUACUCGUUUUAGAUGUAGUCUUUCACUGGGGCUAAUUUUGUUGUCACUUCGUGAUCGUUGAUUCGGUGGAAUGACAGGCUUCAGUCUUUAGCCCACGCAGCCUCCCCUGAAUGGAAGCGCGACAUGUGAGCCCUCAUCCAUCCAUCCGCUUUCCAUCCGCUUUCCAUCCAUUCUUUUUCUAUACCACUUUGGGAUAGGCUCCGCACGGAGCUGGAGCCUAUCGCAGCUGACUACGGACGAGAGGCGAGGUACGAGUGCUCGCCAGUCAAUUGCAGGGCUGACACGCAAAGACAGAUAACUACACACACACUCACCUAGGGACACUGUAAAGUAGCCAUAGACUGUAUAAGACAUGGACGUAGCACCCGUGACAUCACCUAUUUCGCGGAGUCUGUUUUGUGACCAAACCAUGGGCAUUUGAGCUGCGCCAUCUUGGAUUUUAGUGGGAGUGUACUUUCCAUAUUUGGCGAAGAGGUGGUUACUCUACGGGUCA